UCUUCUUCUUCUCUCCUCGUGAGACUGAAAACACCAUCGCUCACUUCCACCCGUGACACUCUCCAGCCCGUCGCCGUAUGCUGCGUGGACAGCGAGCGCAAAGAGCCAAAAAGGAAGGAAGGAAGGGACGCUUUCUAUCUGCACCGAGCAUCCCUGCGACCGCGAGCCGGAGCAAGAGGAACACCAGGCGGGGGCGAGACGCUGCAGGAGCCGCUGCAACCGGGGGUCUCUGGACUAGUCUGACCAGGACUGGAUACAGCGGAUAUUUACGUCUCGGACCCAAAGGGCAGAGGAAGGGAGCAAAGCUCGCUGGACUAGCCGAGCCGCGCAUCAUCAUCUCCGGUAUAGGACUGGCUGUCGAGUCGCAUGGAGAAGAGGUAUGAAGAGCUGGUGCACUACUCAGGGUCGGAGGCCAUGCCGGUGGGGGGGUACGGGGACGAUGUCAGGCCGUUUCCUCCCCCACAGUACGGACCCGCCAUCCCCGACUCCCUCAAACACCACAAAGACCAGAUCUAUGGUCACCCACUCUUUCCACUGCUGGCCUUAGUGUUUGAAAAGUGUGAGCUCGCCACCUGCUCCCCUCGAGACUCCACCUCUCUCUCAGCCACCUCCCACCUCCCCGGCAUGACCAAUCACAGUGACGUCUGCUCCUCAGAGUCCUUCAACGAUGACAUCGCUGCGUUUGCAAAACAGAUUCGUUCAGAAAAACCCAUCUUUUCAUCCAAUCCUGAGCUGGAUAACUUGAUGAUCCAGGCCAUUCAGGUGCUUCGCUUUCAUUUGCUGGAGUUAGAAAAGGUGCACGACCUGUGUGAUAACUUCUGCCAUCGCUACAUCACCUGUCUGAAGGGCAAAAUGCCCACAGACCUCAUCCUGGAUGAGCGGGAGGGCGGCUCCAAGUCAGACAUGGAGGACUUCACUGGAUCGUGCUCCAGUCUGUCAGAGCAGAAUGCAUCGUGGUUACGGGAGCCAGAUGAAUGCGCCACAACUCCUCUGGGAACUCCAGGCACCUGCGGCCUGCCUUCACUCAGCACAGCAGACAACUGUAGCGACACAGGCGAUGGUAUGGAUGGAGCAAUGGCCUCCCCCAGCACAGGUGAGGAGGAUGACUCUGACAGAGACCGGAGGAACAACAAGAAGAGAGGGAUCUUCCCCAAAGUGGCCACAAACAUCAUGAGAGCGUGGCUCUUCCAGCAUCUGUCGCACCCAUACCCAUCUGAGGAGCAGAAGAAGCAGCUGUCGCAGGACACAGGACUGACCAUCUUACAGGUCAACAACUGGUUCAUCAAUGCCCGGAGGAGAAUAGUUCAACCCAUGAUUGACCAGUCAAAUCGCUCAGGUCAGGGUGGUCCCUACAGCCCAGAGGGGGCAGCUCUCGGGGGCUACGGGCUGGACGGACAAGCCCACCUCGGGCUUCGAACAACAGGCCUUCAGGGGAUGUCUUCUCUGCAGGGUGACUACCCUGGCGCUCUACUGUCCCAACCAGGCUACCCUCCCCACCCAGGACCCUCCCUCCACCCCUACCCCGGACCACACCCCCACCCCGCCAUGCUGCUCCACCCACCACCACACGCACACCCCGCAGAGCCGCUCCUCGCCCAGGGACUGGAUAUACAUGCACACUAGCUGAUGGGGGAGUGUGCUGUGUACGUUUGAGGGCAAAUGACUGUAUGAGUGUGAGAGUGAGUGGUGAGAUCCAGUAUAUGUGUGUAUGUGUGAUGACGCAUACAGAACACUAUUUAAAGAAAAAAAGACAAACUGCUCUGAAGGUUUACAUUCCCCACUGAAAGACACUGACCUCAAUGUAGCUGUUACACACAAACAUAAACAUUACCACCGCACACAAACACUCAGUCUGAACCCACAGGUUUAAGCCAUACCUCUGUCAGAGUAGAAGUGCUUCCUCCUCUCCAAACGUCUCCACUGUGUCCUGUGGGUGAGACACAUGCUUUAAAAUACACUUCCCAUCAUGCCUGCUGAACCACAGGUGGACGGUCAACCAGAUCGGAGACAUGGAAGAAGAUUUAAAGUCUCCUAACUUUGUGACAGCACAUACUGGAUUGGACCUGAUCCUGUGAACACGCCUUCUUCACCUUUCCCCGUCUUCCUUCACACGACUGUCAAAGAUACAAACACCUUCACACACUUUAUUUAAAGCUGAUUUUUUUUAGUUUUUCUUAUUCUAUUUUUAUAUUUAUGUGUGCCACUCCAGGCAGAUGCAGCUUCACGUGAGCUUGUUGAAAUAUUAGUGCUCUUCCUCAGCAUGAAGCUAAACACUAUGAAUGACUUCCAUUCUGCCUCGCUCUCUUACCACUGACCUCCUUAAGAUGCCAACAGGCGUCCGUUACCUUAGACCCUUUCUACACACACAUAACAUACACACAAACCAACACACACCACACUAAAGGCCAUUUAUACAUGCACACAUAAACAAACACAGUCUUCUGUAAGCAUUUCUACAACAUUUUUUUGUCUGUCACCGUGGCGUGUGAGGGGAGCUGCAGCCAAAGGACUCUUUAAACAUUCGGCUCCCUCUCCACGCUGCUCGGACUGCUGAAACCUUUCUGAAUGAUGUUUGA